AUGUCUGUGGCCCAGAUACAAACCAGUCCCCGGAUGCCUUCGCCGGGUGCGACGAUGGUUCUGCCCGGAAUGGCGGACCACGUGCCGCGCCAGAUGGACAGAUCCACCAUCGAUGCGUCUGCGGUCCAGAACCGGGCCGUUGCGCUGAAAAGCGUCCAUGAAAAGAGCUACAUUGAGUCAGAAGACCAUAGGUCGCGCUCCGAUGCGUCUGCUCUCAACUCCAGAAACAGUCUAUCCGGCUCCAGCCGAAAGGCGCACCGAGAAGUGCGUUUUGGCGCGUACGUGUUGGGCCUGACGCUCGGCGAAGGAGAGUUCGGCAAAGUCAAGCUCGGCUGGCGCAAGGACGGCCAGCAUCCGAGCCAGGUGGCGAUCAAAUUGAUCAAACGAGACACGUUGGCGCGCGACACCGAGCUGGAGGUGAAAAUCCACCGCGAAAUCAACUCCAUGCGUCUUCUCAGCCAUCCCAACAUCAUCAACUUAGUAGAGGUUUUGAAGAGCGGUAAGUAUAUAGGCAUAGUGUUGGAGUACGCCUCCGGAGGCGAGCUCUUCGAGCACAUCUUGCAGCAUAAGCAUUUGAAGGAGAACGUGGCCAAACGUCUCUUUGCCCAGCUCGUCAGCGGCGUCGAUUACAUGCAUCUGAAGGGCCUCAUACACCGUGACUUAAAGUUGGAGAACUUGUUGUUGGACAAACACAAGAACAUCAUCAUCUCGGACUUUGGCUUCGUCAACUCCUACAACCGCGCCAAAAACGAUCUCAUGAAGACCUCGUGCGGGCUGCCGUGCUACGCUGCGCCCGAAUUGGUGCUUACCAGAACGCCGUACUCCGGCCGCAAGGUGGACAUUUGGUCGAUGGGUGUGAUUCUCUACGCCAUGCUCGCUGGCUACUUGCCUUUCGAUGACGACAUUGAAAACGAGGACGGCUCGGAUAUUGUUCGUCUAUACAACUACAUCUGCUCCACAAGACUCACGUUCCCUGAGUAUGUGUCUCCCUUGGCGCGUGACUUACUUAGACGCAUCAUCGUCCCUGACCCUGCUAGACGUAUCGGCAUCGACGAGAUCCGCAACCACCCAUGGUUGGCGCUGCAUGCAUCGCUCUUGGCCAUCAGACAACCCGAAUGGGAUCGCAUUGCCCACGACGAGAAGCUCAGCGGCAGCAAGAUCGCCUCUGCUGCCACGGCUGCGCAAGUGGGCCAGAACAGAAACAAGCGCUUCUCUAUGAUCUCAGAGACAACCAAUUCAUCCGCACUCAUGUUGAGUGGCUCCAAACCCGCCUACGGCAAGUCAUAUGCAUCCAGCUCCAACAUCAUCUAUUCUAAUCCUACCACAUCGUCAUCAUUUGCCAACGUCGUUGCCACAAGCACCGAUUCCGAGAACAGAAGCCAGAGAGCCUCGUCGGUCUCUACCCAGGCAGAAAUCUCCGCCAAUGCCACUGCUGCAACGCUGCCUAUGUUGUUGCCCCACCAGAAGGGCCACGCCAAAUCUGCAUCAAUUUCAAACUCACACUCUUCUGCUAGUAAUGCACUCAAAGCCAUGGUUUCUGACCAGACUGCCAUUUCCGAACAAGAAAAGCCAGUUGAAUCUGAUCCUGUGUCUCUGCCAGUCACCCCAUUGCAUCUUUCCAGAAACUCCACAUACGCCGGUACAAUCCCAACCAUCGCUGAAAGCCCUACUGCGGCCCAGUUUGAGCCAACGGCUACACGCGCGCUCCCAGCUCCGAUCGAACGUUUGCCUCACACACAGAAACGUCCGCGCCCAACUUCGUACCACCCUGGCUCGAUGUCUCUGUCUUUCAUCAUGUACAAUAAUAGCGCAUCCACUGUUCUGGAUAUCUUCAAGAGUCAAGCGCACUCUCCAUCGCACCCUUACUCGCACUUCUUACUGUCUUCACCCACGCGGACUCCCCAUGGUGUCGAUUCUGCUGUGAGUAUUGGUGAUAAUGGCAACGGUAGCCCUGUCUUGCUGGCAGCGGGAACUACUCGCAGAACAACCAGGAGAGACUCCGUGGUGACUGCAAUCAAUGUUAAUGGUGUUCUUUCUAGUGAAAUAAGCAACCAUGACAAUGAGCGCAAUUCUGUGUUGAGCUACUUGGAAGACAAAAUGGACGCUUUAGAGUUGACGGAGCUGCACAGCCCUACGAGAGUUCCUUUGGACGAUUCGGACCUUCCAGUCAUACGCAAUAUUCCCCAGAUUCCAAAACUACAGACCACUCUUCCUCAACCAGGAAAGGCCACUCCUAUCAUCGACCAACUGCCUAAGUUUGCAGUGGCUGCAGAGUCUCCCGUUAUAACUCAAAGUGAUUCUCUUCUGCUUGCAAAGCCUGACGAGCAGAGGUUGGAUCCAGAAGCUACGCCAAAGCUCGGCCAUUCACCCAAUGAGGCAUCCAAUGCCAUCGAACAAGGCGUUGCUCACACAACCCCUAAUGUAGAAACUCUUGUCGAUGAAACACCAGAUGUUGCGAAGAAAGCUACUGUUCUUGCCAGUGAGGCACAGUCAGUACCUGUGCCAGUUGAGAGACCACAGACUGAUAGUAAGGAGGUGCAAGAGAAUAAGAAGAAGAACCGAUUCAGCAUCUUGUCGUUCUACGGUUCUUCCUCGUUUUCUUCUUACAACUUAAGCGAGGGCCAGGAGGAAAAUAAUAAGGACAAAGUCGAAGGUGCCAACGUGGGUUCUCGAGAGCGCCGCCGUGUUGAAUCCGCCGGAUCGUCGAAUUCGCAAAGACGCCCUAUGAGCAUGAUCUCACAAAACACCACUAACACGCAUGUAACUGCGAAGGAGGCCAGUGCGGCCCGCAAGGUAAUGAAUUUCUUUAAGAGAAGAAGCGUUAGAAUAGGCUAA